CGCGUGCAAAAAUAUCCACUCUCCGGUGCACACAUGCGUGUGAAAAUUAUCAAGUUAUAAUUCGGGUUGCCACGAUCUAACUUUCCCCGAGAGGAGGGUUGGUAACACACCACUGCUGCACCACCGCCACCUAGCUGCAGAGACGCGCCUCCGGAGAGACCUCUCCGCCGCUGUGUGAUUAUGAAAACACCCGCGCGAAUGUUGUGGCACAGUAGACACUGAGACGAGAGCUGAUGAGAUUGAAAGUCGCUAAGGAGGCGUAGCGGUCAUAGUUAUAUAAUCAAAGCAACACCUAUUGCACCACGAUCGUUGAAUUAUCGGUGGUAGGGCGCAGCGGGGAACCAGCAGCGCGCCGAGCCCCGGACUGAACGCGGUUAGUUGUGGGACGCGCUCUCGGAUCAGUGAUGGGCUGCUCCGGUGCGGUACCACCCCCUGAUGUACUCUUAUCUACAGUAUCUUCACCCCUCAGCAGCCUACGCAGCUGGUACACCAUCCUAGCCACCUCAGCCGUAUUUUGAGUCUUAAGUGCUGCAUUGAAGCCGUUACACUGGGAACCCCACCGCACCCGGCCCCUCCCCCCUGACUUCUCUGAUGGACCAGAGAGCGAAGGGGGGGACCCCUCCAACGGCCAGCACCACCAAACCCUCCACACCCCCCGCGCCCCGCGGCCCCUCCAGCGAGGAGCCCCGGAGGGACCGGGCAAGGGACAGGAAGAGGAGCAGAGACAAGGAGGUGGUGGAGAAUGGGGAGGAGGAGGGUAAAGAGAUGGAGGAUGAGAGGCGAGGAGCUGGGAGAGUUGGUCCGGGAGGGGACAAGGGGACGGUGCUGGAGCUGCUGAUCGAGGGCCGCUGCGGAGACGCAGGCCCGCCUCCCCUCCUCUACCCGGGCCCCGCCGACGGCCCAGAGGGAAACGUGCGGUUGCGCAUCGGACUCCAAGCCAAGAGGACCAAGAAGCCCCCCAAGAUGCUGGAAGCUACGUCUGCAAGCCCACCUUCAGGACCUACCAGAGGCAGGGCCGGGCCGAGGCGGCGCGGGCCGGGGGCGGGGAGGGAGAGGUGGGUCAGCAGGGCGUCACGAGCCCCGCGCUGGGGGAGGCCGCCAGGGAGCAGGGCUCCGCGCCGGACGCUGUCCAGCCCCACACCAAACAAACUGCAUCAGCUGCACCCUCUCCACCUUCAUCAUCCUCGCGGUCGCAGCGACCACCAUUAUCGGCCACUGCUCCGCCUGUCUCGGCUCCUGCCAGCCCGGGGGCCCGCACCGACCGUGAGGUUUCUAUCAAACCAUCCACGAAGACAGAGGCAAAUGCGAACAGCUCCCCUGGAAAGCCACUGAGAGAUAAGCCUCCCAGUAUCAGUGCUCAGUCUGGAGGCACUGCAGGACACAAAAUCUGCUCUUUGAAAACAGACCAGUCGAUUUCCCCCACCACCCACUCCCUCACCGCCCUGUCCGCCCCGGCCACCUCCGCAGGGGAACCCAGAAACGAGGGAGACAACCACAGCAAGCAUAACGGUUUGGGGAGGCUGAAGAGAGUGGCCAAUGGGAAAGGCAAGCUGGAAGGUUGCGUUAAUGCCCGGACCUCAAAGGUCAAAUUUGGAAGCAUCAGCAGAUUGUCAACUUCUACCAAUGAUACAGAGCCCGCAGCGAGACCGCCGGCCGUCUCCCGCAGCUCACACAAAGAGCCCCUGCCGCUUCCAGAAGAACAGGGCGGAUGCUGUCUGCCCGCCUUCGGUCGACCCUAAACCACGGUCCACUGCCUCCCCACCCACACAGCUCUUCUCUUGCAGCUCCGACGCAACCCAGGGGCCUCCUCUUCUAGAUAAGAGGAAGGAGAAGAAAGCCAGGAGAGGGAACAGGAAGGAGAAGAAGAAGAGAGACAGAGGUCAGGCAGAUGGAGCCAAGAGUGAAGGAGGGAGGUGGGAGGAGGGCAAGAAGAAGAAAGGCUGAAAGUGAAGGACAGGAAGUCGAGACACAGGAAGGGGAAGGAGGAACAGGGAAGGAACCAAGGUACAAAGAGAGAGGGAGCAGAAAACACAGAAAGAGGGAAGAUUGAGCGAAAGAGGGAUAAACUUAGCCCGGAAAGCCAUAGGGGAAAAGACAAGAGAGAUGAGCCAUGUGAAAUAGAUGAUGUUGCUAAGCAAGAUAGGGUCCGUAAAUUAGCCAUCCCAGGUCAGAGGGAGAAGGUAGAGGAAACGACCAACAAGACAGUUAGAGAGCAGAGUCAGCUGCUGUGGAUGACAACACUAAAUCUAAAGAACAGUACGUCCCCUUGAGACAUCAUACUGUAUCUCCUAGCCACCACUCUCCUCCUCUCGCUCCUCCUCUCUCUCAUUCUCCUCCUUCUGCCUGCUCACUCACGUCAGCCUCCGCCGCUCCCCAGGAGCAGGACAGCCGACCGCUGAAGAAGCGUAAAGCCAGGCGCCCCAGUUGGACCAAGCUAGUGCAUAGGGUUCAGAGAGCAGA